CUUCAAAGCUCAUAAGAAAAGACUUGGGUUGGCCGCCGUAAGCUGGAGGAGACGACGAUGGAGAACGAUUCCGAUUCCGAGUCGCCGGAGGAGGUCACGGCGGAGCAGAGCAUUAGGCAAUAUGAAGAAAUAAAGAAAGUCCAAAAAGAAAAUAAACUACGGGAGGCUCAUGAAGGGAAAGAGAGGAGGAGACAAUGGGCUCAAAGAAGAACUAAAGAAAAACCAACCGAAGAGAAUGUCCCUAAAGUUUCAAAAACUGAAGAACAACCAGAACCGCUUAUUUUACCAGGAAUGCUUCCGAGUAACAUUGUCAGUCUCCUAGCUGCUCGUGAAAAGGUAGUCUUUUCAUCAGAUUCUGAAGAAGACACUCACCAGAAGCCAACCAAAAGAAAGAGGAGGCAAAAAAAUUCUGGACCCGAUACUGUACUUUUGAAGGACAUCCCUUCGGUGGAGUGCUCAAAAAACUCUCUGGAAUUUUUGAAGAGGCGAAAAACACAGGUUGCAAGGUCAUCUGCGGUUCUCAAGAAUGCGAACCAAGCAUUGCGGCUUCUUUCCUCUCAAGGCCUAGUGAGCAAAAACUAAUGUAAGUUGUAUCCGCUGUGAAACCACAUUGCUUUGGUGCCAACACUCAUCCAGUUUUGAGAUUAUCAGGGGAAAAUAUUAAACAAUUAUCGCAUACUUAGCAGAGUUUUGUAUCUGUUUCCAAUCAUCGAAAUUAUGCUUGUUUGUUAUAAUUGUUAGCUUAAUUAUCCUUGUUUUUAGUCUUUGAUUUGUUCUUUUAUUUUUGCAUUGAAAUCACACUAGUGACUAUGUAUGAAACUUCAAAUUGGAACAGUUUGUCUGGACUCUGGUCUGUAGGAUUUCUUAAUUUUGUCUUUUA